AUGAAAAUAAACGUGGGAGGUGUUUCUGGGGGGUUUGAGCUUUACGAAGUGCCCGGAGAUGAGACUGUGGGGUAUUUGAAAGGGCUUUUGAGUGCGAAAUAUCACAAAGAUGUGAGUAAAAUAUGUUUGGUGUAUAAAGGAGAGAAGCUAGCUAACGAGAUGGUACUUUCUGAGACAAUUAAAGACGGCGACCGAGUUAUUUACAUCGAAAUUCGGAACGUUGUAGUAAAAAAGGUGAAGGAACACCACAAAAGAAAUUCAUGUGAGAUGGAUAGAGCGACUGAAGGUAACCAAGAUGACAUUCUUGAGGUUUCAUUUGGCGAUUCCAGUUUCGAGGAAAUGUUGGACGAUAUCGCGGAGGUUGAUGUCGAGAUGGCAGAAGCGAUUCGAGGAAACCCCGAUUUGAUCUCCGAAAUUUUACUGCAAGACACAGAGAGUGUUGGUGAUGGAGAGAGUUUAGAGGAAGAGGUUGAACUUGAGAAGGCAAAGAUCGAAGGAGAUGUUCUUGAUAAAAUACACACCAAGUUACACAAAGGAAACCCAUUGAAUGAACUUGAAAAGUCGAUUAUUAAUAGUGACGACGGUGAUGGGUAUGAAAUGUGUGCUGUGUGGAAAUUGAUAGAAAUGGGGUAUCGAGAGGAUAUAGCAGAGGAAGCUGUAUCGAAUACGAGUAAGUUCCAAGAUGCGGUCGAGUAUUGUGAGGAUUAUGUGAAUUGA